AUGCAAGAGGAGCUGCAGCUCAUGCAGAGGAGCUCGUACUUCCUUGAAAUCCAACGCCACGACGAUUUGCCGCCGACUGCGGAUGUGCAGCGGCACACCAUGCACGUCUCUGACAGCCUGCUGUGGACUCUCAUUGACAUGCAGAGGCUGCAGCGGACCAUGGCCCUGGCAAACACCCAGGUGAAGCUCCUCCUCACUCUUUAGGCACUGCUCUACGAGGAGAUCAUCAGGGGCUGUCGGGAGCUGGAGGCCUUUAUCGUCAGGUACGACCAGGGUUUGGCGGACGGUGACGCGGCAGCAGGCGUGCAGCAGAGGCUCCUGCAAACCCACCAGUACUUGAACGACUUUGAGAGCAGAUUGACUUGGAAUCUGGGCCCGCUGCACCUGCCGAACCCACUCAUCCCCAACAAAAGACGGCUCAGGGCAUCACUGGACAUCAAGUUGCCGGUGAUGAUCAACAGAUUGAAGUCGCGUGUGACAUCCAACACCGUGCAUCUGCAUUGGGAAGUCGCAGGCGAGCAGUCUCAGGACCUGAACCAAGACUUUGAGAUCCACGUCAAAAGCCUUCACCCAACCACUGCUGAGUAUGGCGUUAUUAAAUCUACAUGCCAUUCGUACAACCUACAGGUCAACAACCUGAUACCUGACAGGUGCUAUGAGUUCUCUGUCAAGAGGGUAGAUGGCGAGAUGGUGUAUGGACUGUGGACCGACACCAUCGUCCUGGCGACCUUGGAUGUUUCCAAAUAA